AUGGAGCCCAACUUCAACUUGCACUCUCCACCCUUGAUUGAACCCUGUGUGGAAGUUGGGAGCAGUCCGUCCCCCCAAGAACAGGACAGUAAUCCCUCCAUUCCCUGGAGCCAGGUCCCCAGCUCCAGCCUCAUCGAUCCGGAAUGGUUUGAGGAUGAACAUAUCCAGGCAAAGAGGGCCAGAGUGGAAACCAUCGUCCGAGGGAUGGGCCUCCCUGCAAGCCCUUUGGGGUUAGGCAGUAGCCGCGCCAGGGCUGGCCCCUACUGCCUGGAGACUGCCCGAGAGAGGAAGAGGAAGCAGAGUGUUCCCAUGCAACAAGGCCAUCUGCAGUCAGGUCCUGCCAGGGACUGGGGCGGCAGGAAGGGGGGCCCUCGGGUGCGGGAAGAACUGCAGCUGCUGAAGCAGCAGCUAAAGGAUCUGCAGGAGCAUCUUCUGCAAGAGGCCAAGCCCAGGGAUGCAGCCCAAGGCCCUAUAGGUUUUAAGAAGGGACACAGCCCUCUCAAUAUCAGGCAGAGGAACUGCUAUGGGGCACAGCCCUGGGCCAAAGACAGCAGUCACCAACAGGGUUCAAGUGGAGACCUCUCUAAGAUGGAAGGGCACAGAGCAUCUGGGCUCAGUACACAGGCUGAGGAACCCAGGCUCCUGCCUCCUGAAGCACAAGAGUUGCUGGCGACCCUGCACAAAGAACUGACCAGAGCCAUGUCCCAGGCUGUGGACUCUGUGUUACAGAAGGUGCUGCUGGACCCAGCGGGCCACUUGGCUCAGUUGAGCACAAAUUUCCAAGGGCUGGUGGAAGAUGAUGCAGGCCAGCCCUGCCCCCCAGAGCCAGGAGCCAGCAAAGACCCCUCUCCUCUGGCUGCAUGGCCCAGGAAGGCUCCGCCACAAGGUGGGCACCUCCUGGGAAACUUCUCUCGGGCCAAGCUUCUAGAAUCUUCAAGAAUAAUCCCCAGCCUCUAUCAGGGGUCCCCAGCAAGCCAAACAUUGACUGUGCCUGCUCACAUCCAGGAAAGCCAGCUCAUCCGCCAGCUACUAGGUUACGGACCCAAAGGUCACUGGAGCGGUGGUUUCCCCCAGGAUUCAGCUCCCCAAACUCACGCCUGCUCAGAGUUGGUCCUGCACCCUGGGGGAGCGCUCCAGCUGCAGCACCCCUUGUCUUUCACGCCUCCCACUCUGGAAGGAUUGCCCCUUCUUUCCUCUGUGAAGAUGGAGGGUGGCCUACAGGCUGUUGCAGGGGUCCCCCCUUUUCCUUUGGUCCAUAUCCAAGAGGGCCUAAACCCAGCUCACCUGAAGAAGGCCAAACUCAUGUUUUUCUUCACACGCUAUCCCAGUUCCAAUCUCCUGAAGGAUUACUUUCCUGAUGUCCAGUUUAAUCGCUGCAUUACAUCCCAGAUGAUCAAGUGGUUCAGCAACUUUCGUGAGUUUUAUUACAUCCAAAUGGAGAAAUCCGCCCGGCAAGCAAUCUCAGAUGGAGUCACAAAUGCCCAGACACUGGCGGUUUUCCGAGACUCAGAACUGUUUCGAACUCUGAAUAUGCACUAUAACAAGGGCAAUGAUUUUGAGGUAAGCACAUGUUUCUUGGAAAUUGCCAGCUUGACACUACAGGAGUUCUUCAGGGCAGUCUCCAUGGGGAAAGACUCAGAACCAUCCUGGAAGAAACCUAUUUACAAAAUUAUUUCAAAACUGGACAGUGACAUUCCAGAGAUUUUCAAGUCUUCCAACUAUCCCCAGGAACUGUUCUAA